AAAUAUGUCAGCGCCCUUACAAAGAUUGUUGUGCAAACAAUGCACGAAAUUAGUCAAAAGUGUUGUUUUUGGUGACAAAUUAUGGCAAAGAAAUACCACACAUAUAACGUAUUCGAUGAAAAGAUAUUUUAAAACAGCUACAGGUCCUCUUUACCAUGGGGAAUAUGAAUUGCAAGAUCCUAAAUCACCUGAAGAAGUAGUGAACAUCACAUUCAUAGAUAAAACAGGAACACCCAUUCCUAUAAAAGGUAAAAUAGGUGACAAUGUCCUGUACCUAGCACACAGAUAUGGAAUUGAGUUAGAAGGUGCAUGUGAAGCGUCUUUAGCCUGCUCUACAUGCCAUGUUUAUGUACAAGAUGAGUAUUUUGACAAACUUCCUGAACCUGUAGAAGAAGAAGAUGACAUGCUAGAUUUGGCAUAUUUCCUAAAAGAAAACUCGAGACUAGGUUGUCAGAUUAUUUUGACAAAAGAACUGGAAGGUAUGGAGUUGACACUCCCCAAGGCCACAAGGAACUUUUAUGUUGAUGGACAUGUACCACAGCCUCAUUGAUGAUGAAGAACUUGGAUUAUUUUCUAAGAGAACUUGCAUCUCUGCCCAAACACUGUUUUUGCAGUUUCUUCAUUUGAUUUUCAGUUUAAAGACCAAUUUCAGUAAUAAAUAAAUGAUAUUAAGAAAGAAUUAUAUAUGUUUGAGAGUGUGUUUUACACAUAAGGUUACUAAGUUGACAAAAUUAUGGGACCAAAUUUGUUCCUAGUUGCAAGAUCUUUGAUAAAAUAGUAAUGCUAACUUUUAUUUCACCUAUAUGGUAUACAGCAUGUGUCAGAAUUGUAAUGUACUUCAAACUUGUACAUUUAAUUUUAAUGAUGUUAAAAUGUUCUAUCUACACACGGACAUUAAAUUACUAUUGGAAUAGUGUAUUCAGCUGUUUUAGUGGAAAUUUCAUUUCCAUAUAAGACUGUGUGUCAUGGUAGUAACGUUAUCCAAUUGGACAAAUGUUGAUUUUAUAUAUGUAUUAAAUUAUAUAUGUAUUAAAUGCAGCAUUUCAAUGGGCAUUACGUAUAAGUCUAUAUUAACUUAAUUACAAGUGUUUCCUGUUUAUCUGAAAUAGAACAGGAAGUAGAUUUUAUGUCAUACAUGUACAUGUUUUCUAGUUAAAUGUGGAUUGGGUUCCCAUCCUGUACUUUGAGCUUUCUUACCGGUAUUUAAUUGAGAUAGUUUUGUCAGUGAAACUUGUUUUACUUGUUAAACAUGAAUGUGUUUUC